GAAGCUCGCCCGGCGCCACCUAUAGCAGCAUAGUUCAGAGAAAGUCCCACAGCCUUCAGCUGGGAGCUGUCCUAAUCGCAGACGCUGAGGUCCGCUCGUUCCGCUCGGAUCCAUGACGGAAGCGAACUUAUACACGCUGUACAAGGGCGUUUAUGUACCCAAUGGGAUCCAUACCCCGGAGAGCCUCAAGUACUGCGAGGAGUUCACGUUCCGUCCCGACGACGUUGUCAUCGCAACGUAUCCAAAGUCAGGCACAACUUGGAUGCAGGAAAUUCUCCCCCUGAUUUUAAGUGAAGGAGAUCCAGCCUCUGUUGAGACUGUGCCUAACUGGGACCGCGUUCCCUGGCUGGAGGAGACCCGGGCCUCCAUUCUGAACCUCGAAGAGAGGCCGUCUCCACGCAUGCUCACUACACACCUCCACUAUAACAUGAUGCCGCCGUCCUUCUUUCAAGUAAAACCAAAGGUGAUCUACGUCAUGAGGAACCCAAAAGAUGUAUUUACGUCUUCCUUUCACUAUUACAACAUAGCCUCAUUCUUGGUGAAACCAGGUCCUAAGAGGGAGUUCCUCCAAAAGUUCCUAGAUGGAAAAGUAAUAUUUGGCUCCUGGUUUGACCAUGUAAAAGGCUGGCUGAGUGCGGAAGAGAAGCAGCACAUCAUGUACAUUUCCUACGAGGAGAUGAUAAAGCAGGACCUGUACGGCUCCGUGAGCAGAAUUGCUCAAUUCCUGGGGAAGCAUCUGGAUGCUGGGGUGAUAGAGAAGAUAGCUGACAGGUGUCUAUUCAAAAACAUGAAGAACAACCCCAUGUCCAACUAUUCGGUGGUGCCUCAGGAAUUCAUGGACCAAACAAAGAGUCAGUUUCUUCGCAAAGGAGUAGCUGGAGACUGGAAGAACCUGCUUACGCCAGAAGAGGCAGAACAAUUUGAUGCAGUGUUCAAAGAAAAAAUGAAAGAUGUGAAAUUUAGAUUUGCUUGGGAUUAAGCCUUAUUUAGCACAAGUGAUUUUACUAUUUUAUAAAACUGUAUGAACCUGUCUGUCAGACCAUUGAUUGAAAAAAAAAAAAAGCAUUUCAGAAUUAACCUCUAAACAGUGUUGUGAUCCAUUUACCGGGUAAAUGGAAAACUAAACCUCAACUCUUUUUCAGCUGGAAGUUGGAAAACCAUUGAGAAUGGCUAACUGUUGUCUUCAGUGAGCAGGCUAAAGACAUUAAAUAAUGUAAGCUAAAUGUAAGUAAUGUAAGCUAAAGUAUUUCUCAGCACUUAACACAUUCCAGCACGAUAGAAACAUUUCUACUACCAUACCAUAGUUUGUCGGUAGUCUAGUUGGUGACUGAAUAAAUUUAAUUGAAACUGU